GAGAGUGAGUUAAAACAAGGAUGUGGAUUUGUAGACUUCUGCACGUCUUCAUGCAGAGAUAAUCCAUUGAGGACAUGCAUGAGGAGAAACGCAUUCAUCCAGAGAUGUUUCUGUUCCUUUUCUCCCUGCUGGUCUUCUGUGUGCCACUAGGGGGCGAUACCUCACCAAUCACCUGCUACAACGACCAGGGAGAUGCUGUUGAUUGGUACUAUAUGUACAAGCUGCCUAAAGAACAUGGAGAGAAGUCUCCCCAUCAGGGUGAGAUGUAUUUACUGCUGGAAAAGGGGAGUGAAGGAUGGUCUAAAGGGAAGGGGACAGUGAACGACACCACGGGAGCUCUGGGCCGAACAGUGGGUCAGCUGUACUCACAAGGACAGAACACAGAGGUAGCAUACAUCCUUUACAAUGACCAGAAGCCACUUGAUGACUUUGGUGACGGAUCGGUUGGCAACAGUGGAGGAACAAGGGGGCACACAAAAGGUGUCGUCCUGCUGGAUAAGAAUCAGGGCUUCUGGUUGGUCCACAGCACGCCUCAAUUCCCCCCUGUACGACAGGCAGGACAGUAUUAUUACCCCAGCAGCGGUGUGGUCAACGGGCAAAACUUUAUCUGCGUCACCUACCCGCUCGACCGCUUCCAGACCAUCGGAGAGCAGCUUCAGAUCAAUCAGCCUAAUGUGUACGACUGCGACGUCCCCGGCUCCUUGGCGUCCCUGGUGCCUUCACUGGCUGCUCUCUGCAAGAAAACACAUCUGUCUGGUCACAUCUUUCCACGUGUGAAACCCGUGUCCAACCGCAGCAUGACCCUGACCUCAAAGGAAGGCACCAAGUUCAUCAGCUUCGCCAAGGGAGCCUCCUUUGACCAAGACCUGUACCACUCCUGGGUGGCCCCCAGCCUCCAGUCCGACCUCCUGGUCCAGUUCUGGAUUCGCUCCACGGGCAUUCUCCCCUCCGACUGCUCUCUGGGCUGGAAGGUCCUGGACAUCACGCUCAUCAACCCGGGGCAGACGUUCACCUUCAAGGCCAGCCAGGACCACUCCAAGUGGGCCGUCAGCCCCAAGGCAGCGGGGUCCGGGUCCGGGGGAGGCUGGGUGUGCGUGGGAGACAUAAACCGGAACCAGGCAGAGGAGAAGCGAGGCGGUGGCACCGUGUGUCUGCAAGACCCGGUGGUGUGGAAGGCCUACAGGACGGCGGCGCUGGAGUGUGAGGCUUGUGGAGGAGGAACGAUCCAGUGUUGAUACCCUGCUGGAGCCCGAUGGGUGGAGAAGAGGGCCGUCAUGGGUUGAUAAGGAUGAGAUCACAUCCGGCAUUUGGGGCUUUUGAGGUAAUUGUUUGCAUAAAUUUUGGUACAGUGUGAUUUUUUUAAUGUCUGUUGGAAUCUAUUUGAAAUCAUGCAUGUUUAGCAUUAAAAUAAAUUAUCUUUUUUUAUUUUUUAUUUUACACUUUUGUGAUAUUCUUGAGAUGUUACAAUUAUUUAUUUUAAGGUUCCCUGUGGAGGUUUUGACCACUAUUAAUGUUAUGGUUUUCAUGUGUGGCUUUAUCUGGAUGCUUGUGCACACACAUGGGUGAUGCAAUAUACAUUCCAGCCAAUGAGUUAUUAUAGGUUGCUCUAAAUCCCCUAAUAACUUCAAAUCUUAAGCACUUCUAUGCAUCAGUAAAUAUUCACGACUAAAGGUAGAAAACAAACAUCUUUAGGGAGUAUUUGUUACAAGUUUAGCUCUGAAAAACUCAAUUUAUCAGGACUGUGUCAUCAGAUUCUGAUUCAAAUGUUCAUAAAUCCUGAAUGGUGCAUGGAAGUAUGUGACAUCACAUUAUUCAAACCAAGCCCCGCCCAUUUCAAUCCAGUGCAAAGAGCACAGAGAAAAGAAACACAGAGAUCUAAAAUAGUGCGUUCACGUGGGACCCCAUCAUUCAGAGAAAGAGGCUGAUUGAGGAAAUAUGUUUCUGGGGCCUUUAAGGCACAAAAACCAUUUCACUUGUUCAGAAUGAUUAUGGGCUGCUAUCAAGGGCUGCUGCACCAUCCGCUUCAAACUAAAUGCAUACAGAACAAUGCUGGAGGAGGACAAUUAGUCAAAUCUGACACUGAAGCAGAGGGCUUUAUGGGAAAUAUGGUGUUCAUUUUGAAAAAAACACAAAAACCUCAAAGUGCUACUUUAAAUGAAAGCAUUUGUUCAAGUGUCUUUAAAACCGUUGGGUAUUCUUUUAACUGAAACUAAGAAAAAACGAUGUCACAAACUGUGUAUGGAAGUGCUGCCUCACUAUGUUGAACUUGUCUGUUUAAAGGUGCAGUGUGUAGAUAUAGCCAUAAUUUCAUUUUAAAACUUAAAAAAAUGAACUAACAUUAUCAACAGAAUAUGUAGAAGUAGCAGUUUUGACGUUUUCUCAAAGACGUCUAUUGUUGCGGAGAUAUCUACUGACAUUAGCAUGCUAACCAGCUAGCCCUAGCCCGUCCUGUCUCGUAAUACCACUUUUACCUCUAGAGGCGAUAGUGAGUCGCUGUAAGGACGAAGAAUUAGAACAUCAAAGGUUCCUGAAUUAAUGGCACAGUGAAGUGGCGAAGAAAACAUGUUUUUAAGAUAUAUAGAGAAGCAAAAAAAGAGUAAACAUUGGCGUGGCUUUCCACCGCUGGAGACAGCUCUUAGCGAGUAAAGAGAUGAUGUUUGAUGCUGAACUCGCAACGUCUCUUUUAGACUGGAAACAUUUAACAUUGGUACUUAACGUAACACAUAUUUACUGCAACUCAUGACAACACAAACUGCACCAAAAAACAUUCCAGAUGGUGUCAACAUAUAGAUUUGAUGUGGCUGUUUUCUUGCUAAAACUAAGCUAAGAAAGCUUUAAUGAAAACUAUAGGCCGACGCCACACACAAAGAUUAUUAGACAGCAGUGUUAUUUUGCCUGGCUCUGAGUUUCAGCAGUGUGAUUGAAUUUUUCCCAUUUUUACCCUGCUGUUAGUUCAUUUUUUAGGUUGCUUGGACCCAGUAGAGAUGAAAUGCUGCCCCCUAUUUGUUUGGAGUAUGUGGUCAAAUCGUACACAUUGCACCUUUAAAUAUAAGCUGGUUUAUCGUUAUGUUCUCUGGGAGCGGGUCAAGCAUGAAAAUGUAUGUUAUGGAAAUUUAAAUACAUAAAACUGUGGGAUUAUUUGCACUAUAUGUAACAUGCAGCACACAUUUUACAGACAUAAUUAAACUGCAGACAGUCACAACAUUCAGGUGUGAUGAUUUCUUUAAUACUUUGUGUUUCAUGAAUGCUUGUGUUAUUAACUGAGUGUUUGUGAAUUUCUAAUGUGCUUCUCUGACAUAAAAACAAUUUUUUAUUU